GUGAAUGAGGAAUGUGUGCGUGGACUGUGGGCCGGGCAGCAGUACGAGCUGAUCUUCUUGCGCAACAGCAAUGCAGAGCGUGGCAGCAUUCAGAAUGCACGGCAAGCCUUGCGCAACAUCAUCAACUCAUCGUGUGAUAUUGGCUACCCCAUCUACGUAUCUCCGCUCACAACCUCUUAUGCCGAGAGUAACAAUCAGAUAACUGACAUGCUAGGCCCCAGUCUGAGCUGGUCCUACCUCUGGUCUAAACUAGGCCAGUGUCUACAGUUUGCCAGGUGUCGCCUCACUGGCAGUCACAAUCAGCCUAGUAGUACUGGUAGUACCACAGCGGCAGCAGCAGCAGCAGCAGGUGCAGCCAGUGGCAACACCAGCCAGGGAUUACCAACACGACGAGUUGGAUUUGGCGGAGCCACGUCUUCGUUCACCACCAGUGCUGGGCCGCGAUCACCUCUGAUGCCGGGUUCAUUCACAAGUGCGUCCUCAACUACUUUCGGCGCUGGUGCUGGUGGUGGUGGUGCUGGCAUGGCCAGUGGUGUCGGUGAUCACGCCCACUCUCCACCGUCCUCUUCAUCACCACCACAACUGCCGAGAGAGCACGCCCAUGCCACAGCAUCCACGUCGGGUGGUCACGCCGACCCCAGCCAGGCCGGAUCGUCGAUGGGCAUGCCAUGGAGCACGGCCAGCAUGGGUGGUGGGGAAGAGGGCGGCAGUACAGCCAGCGUGGGAUUCCGACUAGCGCAUGGCAGCACGGACAGCCUGCAGGGACUUAGCUCGGCCAUCACGGACAGAGAGAGCCAUGUGUCAAGUUUCCGUGGUGACGGUAGGAAGUCCUCAUCGACCGGUGCUCGCGAUAGUAUUCGACAUGUCAACAUCAAUGCUGCCGCCGCCGCUUCUGGCAGUGCGGCCGCCUCUGCCACUGCUGCUUCAGGUGUAGGUACUGACGAGAUGACUAGUAUGGAGGGCAUGAGUAUAUGUGGUUCGUCCAUGGCUGGUAUUUCCACUGUCAGCCAGCUAGCCAACGCUGGCUCUUUGGCGCUGAGCGCGCAUGGAGCGAAUGCCAGUGUGGGCGACUCCACAUCACAUAUACACAUGGACUCUGUGUCUAGAGGCGACGUGUCAUCACGUGCCGACACGCACUCACGCCUGGACGGGCAGUCGGUGGCGGAGACGACGUCACGCUCCGAUGUAUAUCGCCGUCGAGCAGGUAGUCGCAGUGGCAGCCUGCACAGCACUGCCGGUAUGUCUGUAGCCGCAUCGUCUGAUCUAGUCGUGGCUGGGUCAUUGGCUACCAUGGACGCAGCUGCUACGGCAACAGAUGGUGUUAGCUUGUCGAAUACUAGCAACUUGGAUGCGUCAUCGCGUAUGGAUGGCCUUGAAUCAGCAUCGAGAGUGCAAGGUGGCAGUAGUUUAGCUGGUAGCGGUAGCUUACGCAGUGACCGGUGGUCAACUGCAGUGUCGGAUAAUAUGCUGGCUGGUGGUUCCAUUGCUGGCGGCUAUUCUGGUGCCGGUGAUUCGCUGGCUGGUGUUGCUGGCUCGAUUGGUGUGCCUGACGCUGCAUCAACACAUGCAACAACACGCAGUAUUGCAGAGAACAGCGCUGGCAGUGUUAGUGUAGCUUCACUGGAUCAGCCAGCAGCGUCUACACCAGCGUCACAGGCACGGGCUGGCCAUGCUGCUGCUGCUGCUGCCACUCCUGCACCCAGUAUACUGGCCAGCGUGGUGCCGGUAGGUUCACAUGGAGGUGCUGCUGCUGCUAGUGCUACGACUGCUGCAACUCCUAACGUUUCUAGCACUGCGGUGGACAUGGUAGACAGGGCAUAUCGACCGUCUGUCACCUCCAGCAAUAGUAGUAGUAUCGUACUGGUGUCGCCGUCUCAGUUCCAGCAUCAGUUCCGCAUCCUCCGUGUUGAGCUCAUCUUCAAGCACAUCUCCGACAGCGAACCGCCCGGUCUGGACAUCCGGUGGCCGGAUGAAGACAUGCGUAUCCAUUGCUCACCCACGUAUUGGCAGUCUAAGAACUGGUGGCCGGCUAAGGGUGUCAUUGGUCGCCUAGUCCAUGUCUGGCUGCCCACUAAGGAUAGCAAUGCAGCACCUGAGCGCUACCACAAACUGCCCGGUUUCGGCGCCAUCAUGGUCCUUCAGUGUGACGAUGACCUGUGCUGUGUGGCUAUUGAUCAGACGGCUGUUGCGGAUCUUGGUGCCCUGUGCUAGUCGUAUCCACAGCACAGCCACCGCCGCCGCUUGCAGCUAUGCACCACUCUCUCUCUCUCUCUACUCUCUCUGCUGCCUCGCCUGCAAAUGAUACCGCCGCUCUGUUCACCCCUGCUGUUGAAAAGUUUGUUUAUCAUAUUUUCCAGAUAUCAGUGUGUACGGCGAAACCCACGAACCACCAUGAAAUACUCUGACCGCAUGAUGGGUCUGCUUGACAUAUUCAUGAAUUAGAUUGCUCCUCUUGUUGUUGCUCUCAUCUGCUCAUACAUACCUCUAGUACUCUUCUGAACAUGACACACAUGGUCAUAUUGCUGGCUGCUGCUCCUGCUACUGAUGCUGCUGCUGUGUAUUAUGCAUCUCGUUUUAAAUUUCUCACUUGAUUUCAAAUGUCCUCGUGCUUCUGUGUCUGCUUUGGUUCUUCCCCAGAAUCUUCGGCAUUAUGUCUUAGUGUAGUCAGCAGUCAUGCGCCCUCCUGAGCUGGGCUACCUCAGUGUAAUCCACCGUUAUGCCCCCUCCUGGGCUACCAACCAUUAUGCCCCCUCCUGGGCUGCACUCAUGCUUUAUAGGGUGCAACAUAUAAAUUUUGGUUUGGCCAGUCUUGGUGCUUUUGCAACUAUUUUCUGUUUCCCUUUUUUUAGCAGUCUCGUGAGCAUUAGCACCGUUGCAUCGUUUAUUAUUUCUUUUGUUAUAGAGGGCAGCCGGUCUGUCUCGAAAUUUUGCUUAUAAGUGUUUGUGCAUUUUUGCCGUCAGUAUUUUUGCGUGCUUCUCAGAGCGUAUAAGAUAUGUAUGGUUACUAUGGCAACUCAGUAUUGUUCCAUGCUAUUUACAUCGUGUAACCGUGGUAACGUCCACCAGUGUCAUGGCUGUCAAAUGGCUUGCUUAUUUCUGAUUUGUGUCUGUCUAGCUUGCUAUACGGAUGAUCUACUUCUGACUACAAUAAAAAUGUAGUUUCAAAGUAA